AUGAAGUUCCUGAAUACACAAAGCAUGAGAAGAAUCCCGUUCUUGAGGCGGGGAAAGAGAAUUCCUAGCAGCACAUCAGCUGCUGCGCCCAUGGCAUCCAUUGUUGACAGGAGGACAAAGGUUCUGUUAGGUAGCCGCAGGAGUAGUAGUAGGUCUUAUGUCCCUGUGCGAUUGGUUUACAAGCUGAGGGCGCAGUGGAAGCGGGCAAUCGGGUGGCCGCAGAAGAGCAGCAACAGCAGCAGUUCGCAGUUCAGAUAUGACAUGGGUAGCUACACUCUCAACUUUGAUGAUGGUGGUUGCCUUGAUCAGGUCCUUAGAAGCCAUGUUGUUUCUAGAUGA